AUGUAUGCAGUAGGCGCCACGGAGGCCCUGUGUACGCAGGCCGUGGAGUCGUGUGCCGAUGCUUUCACUACUUGGAGGAACUCAAAGCCGUUUGAGCGUCGUAGACUCUUCAAUCGACUCGCACAGCUUAUGCGUGAUGAGAGCGAGUAUAUCCAGACACUGAUACAGCGAGAAAUCUCAUGCUCAGCCCUAUGGGCAGAGAUAAACGUCUUAGACUCCAUCGCCAUCGCAGAAGACAUUGCUGCCACAGUGACCUCCGGAGUGCUUACUGGCAUAGCACCUAUCGUAAGGGCGCCGGAUGCGCAAGCGAUCGUUUUGAAAGAACCUUAUGGCGUGAUUCUUGCUAUCGCGCCAUGGAACGCGCCACUGAUCUUGGGACUUCGUGCAGUCGCUGCAGCUGUUGCCGCAGGGAACACGGCCGUGCUGAAGGGCUCUGAGAUGUGCCCUCGAACGCAUCAUCUAAUCGCGAAGCUGUUCCAACAAGCAGGCUUCCCUCCGGGGGUGCUUAACUUCAUUCAGCACAGUCCAGAAAAUGCAUCCACCUGCUUCGAGGCUAUGAUCUCGCACAAAGCAGUACGGAAGUGCAACUUCACGGGUUCGACCGCGGUAGGUCGUCACGUUGCUCAGCGUGCGGCGUUUUAUCUCAAACCUGUGACGAUGGAGCUCGGAGGCAAAAAUUUCGCCAUUGUGUUGGAGGAUGCCGAUCUCGCGAACGCAGCGCAUCAAGUGCUCGCCGGAGCAAUGCUUAACUCGGGUCAGAUCUGCAUGUCCACCGAUAUAGUGCUCGUAGCCCGGUCGGUGGAGCGACGAUUCCGGGAACUCCUACAUCAGCAGCUGCCGAACGCAGAGCAGCAGGUAACCACGUUAAUCAAUGCUAAAAGCGCAUCGAGAAUAGACACGCUCGUGGCGAACGCGAAAGAUGGUGGAGCUGCCACAAAGACAGUUGAGAGCGCGUUUGAUGCCUCACCUACCAUCAUCGAUGGCAUCACUUCGACAAUGGAUUUCUGGAGCCAGGAGUCGUUCGGUCCACUGCUAGGUCUUCGAGCUUUCGACGACGAAAAAGAGGCUGUCAGCCUGGCGAACGAAUCUUCCUACGGUCUCUCAGGUGCUAUCUUCAGUCGCGAUCACAUGCGCGCUUUGAAGCUCGCAAAAAGGCUGCAGACGGGUGCAGUACAUGUAAAUUCGAGCACUGUACACGAUGAGGUGUCUUUGCCCCACGGAGGAAGGAAGGAUAGUGGAUGGGGCAGGUUCGGUUCAACGUUUGGGUUUGACGAGUUCUUACAGACGAAAACUGUUAUCUUGCAUCCAUGA